ACUCUAUAAAGCUAGAUGGAGCUCAAAUCAUUUUCCUCAUUGUCUUUGUAUGAUUCAUUUUUAAGGGCAAUGGCUCUAAGUGGUAUCUUGGUUAAGAAAAUUCCCAUCAAAUCAGAUGGGAACGUGUUCUAUGACAUUUUAACGUACAGCCCAUAUAAUGUAUGUGAAAUUUGCCCUGAUUGCAUGAACGGUGUUGAUCUGGAAGAUGGUGAAUGGGGUGUUAUUGGAUGCGUCAUUGUUGUUUCCUUUAUACAUGAUGGAAAGACACAUGUGGUUAAAGAAGUGCUUCAAACAAUCGACAAGGAGAAAAAGUCUGUGAGCUACAACGUGAUAGGUGGUGAUAUUAUGGAUGCUUUCAAGACCUUUUUGAUCACGGUUGAUGUUGACACAAGUGAAGAAGAGAGUUUUGUGACUUUGACUUUCCAGUACGAGAAGCUAGAUGAAAAUCUAGAUGCCGCUGAAAGUUUGAUGGAUUUUUGCGUUAAGGUCAUCGCAGAUAUGGAGAACUAUUACCUUGCGAAGUCCAUUUAAAAUUGAUCUAUGUGCGCAGUUUAUUACAAAUGAAGUUCUUUGGAUUAUUUGAGUUUGUUUCACUAUAUGUGCUAUUAUUACAUAUCAAUUUCCAUUACGUUUGCAUGAGAUUGAUGUGUAUUGUAUAAUAUCAUUGAAUUCCCGGUAUUCUAUCAUAUAUUUGUUGCCCAGUUAAAUAAAAUUUCAAUUGAUAAUU